CACUGCCUGGUCGUCGCUUGCGUUCAUGAGCUCGACGGGAGUGAACCGGCAAAGACGGCACAGGGGGGAAGAAGAGGGGCCGGCAGACGGCGAAAGAACCGACGAUCCACGGAAUGAAACAUAUUAAUGUGGGCUCAUCGAAAUCCUGCUAUCACUAGCUUUACGAGUGAAAGCCUGGCGUACACUAUUUGAGGACCCCCCCUCGUCCCCUUUCGAGGAACUCUGUUGUGUCUGACUCCUUCACUGUUCUCGGGGGGCAGGAGUCCGAUAUCCCAGUCGCGGUGCGAGAGGAAGAGGAGUGUGUGUGAUCAUAGUUUGUGAACCGCUCUCCCUAUGUGUGUGACAAUGGGGGACAUCAGUGACCUGGACCGACAGAUAGAGCAGCUCAGACGCUGUGAGCUCAUCAAGGAAAAUGAAGUCAAAGCACUGUGUGCCAAAGCCAGAGAGAUUCUGGUUGAAGAGAGCAAUGUCCAGAGAGUAGACUCUCCAGUCACAGUUUGUGGUGAUAUACAUGGUCAGUUCUAUGACUUAAAAGAGCUCUUCAGAGUUGGUGGAGACGUCCCGGAGACAAAUUAUCUCUUCAUGGGCGACUUUGUGGACAGAGGUUUCUACAGUGUGGAGACUUUUCUUCUGCUGCUAGCUCUUAAGGUGCGUUAUCCAGACAGGAUAACCUUGAUCCGGGGUAACCACGAGUCCCGGCAAAUCACCCAGGUCUACGGCUUCUACGACGAGUGCCUCCGCAAGUACGGCUCAGUGACUGUCUGGAGAUACUGCACUGAGAUAUUCGACUACCUUUCCCUCUCCGCCAUCAUCGAUGGCAAGAUCUUCUGCGUGCACGGCGGAUUGUCCCCCUCCAUCCAGACACUGGACCAGAUCCGGACCAUUGACAGAAAACAGGAAGUGCCUCACGACGGGCCCAUGUGUGACCUCCUGUGGUCGGACCCUGAAGACACCACAGGGUGGGGGGUGAGUCCCAGAGGUGCCGGCUACUUGUUUGGGAGCGACGUGGUGGCUCAGUUCAACGCCGCCAACGACAUCCACAUGAUCUGUCGAGCGCAUCAGCUGGUGAUGGAGGGCUACAAGUGGCACUUCAACGAGACGGUGCUCACCGUGUGGUCGGCGCCCAACUACUGCUACAGAUGCGGCAACGUGGCGGCGAUCUUGGAGCUGGACGAGCAUCUACAGAGGGAGUUCAUCAUAUUUGAGGCGGCGCCACAAGAGACCAGAGGCAUCCCCUCCAAGAAGCCAGUAGCCGAUUAUUUCCUGUGAAGUUUUUGAGCAGACAGCCAUGAUUUUUUUUUUCUUUUUUCUUUUUUUUCUUUUUUUUUUUUCUUCCUCUCUUUGUCUUCAAAAACUCCGCUACCAUUUCACACCGGCUGCCCUCCAUCCUGCUGCUGGACGGUUCUGUCAGUCUGAACUCUCAGCAGUUAGAUAGAAAACCCGCCAAACCCUGCAAAGCUCUCCCGACGGCUUCGGCUUGAAGAGCUGGAUUUCUGCCGCGCUGCAGAAGCCUGACAAAGCAGUCACUGUGAAAGGUGUCAGGAGGGCGGGGGUGGAUACUGGACCCAUGACUGUCGUCUCCUGUGUUCAGCUGUAUAAGAUGGCCAUUUUCCUUCUGCCCUCAGCCUCCUUCCAUUUCCAUCUGUUGUCUGUAGAUAAGCUACAACACUUUCCCUUCCUGACUCUUUCCACCCUCUUAGUAUAUAUGUAUUUUUUUAUGACAACCAUUGUCAUUUAGUUUUAUAAGUAUUUGGAAGGAGUUAAAUGUUUUUUUGUUUUGUUUUGUUUUUUUCCUUUUUCAAAAAAUGUGCAGAUGUAGGAAAUUUUACAAUUUAAUGAAUUCCUUCAAUGCAUAUGUUGUUUUUUUGGUUAUUUUCUUUUGUAUAAUUGUUGCUGCAAAGAUUAAAUACAAAAUGCCCCAUUCUCUUCUCCUCUCUCUUCCAAUUAUUUGCUCUUAUGUUUUUUUGUUUUUUUUUUUGUUUUGUUUUGUUUAAUUGUCACCUGCGUUGCUAUUUAACACCGGAACCAGAAAUGUAACGGCUCUCUACAGGGGUCACCAUAGUCACUAUCGUUUAUUAAUUCCUUUUAAUCUACAAAUCUCUGUAGGUCUGUCAAUUUUGAUAUUGUGAGAAUAAAGUUUUUGUAUCAAUGCUGA